GGGUAUGUUUGAGGGCUGCCUUUCACAACUCGGAAACUCCAAGAGUAGAUGCCGGGAGGAUUUGCACUUUUCGAAGCGAGGCCGUAGGGAUUCUGAAAAUUAAGUCCCAAACCUGGAUUAAUACUUUGGAAAGAGCUGAGGAAAUUCACUCUUAAUUGAGGAAGUCAAUGGAAACGGUUCAGUUGAGUGACUGGGUCAGGAUGGCAGGGUGGAAACUCCAGCCCACAGUUCACACCGUCUCCCUGUACACUGGGAGCCCGCUCCAGCCUAACGCCACAGAUUCCAGCCGAUCCCACUGCUACCCGCCUUACUCCAGCGGAGUGCUCGAGUAGACCCCAUCGCAAGAGAGAUAAACUAACCUCGGGAAUACUUGGGGAGCACAUCGAGGAGUUUCUCCGUCUCUCUGCGGUCAACAGGUGUCUCUCUCUCUCUCUCUCUGCAACACAGAACUCCCUCAAGAAUUUGGAUUGUGUGACAGUGCUGGUUUGGAAAGCUCACCGGUCGCUGUAGAGAUUGUCACUCACAGAUCUGUACAGUAUUGAUUAUAAUAUACCUAUUAGUCCGGGAGGACCGGUGGAUAAGAACCACACACGCAAUGCUGAGACCUGAAACAGAGUCCAUGUUGUUAUGGAUGGCAUUCUGUCUGUUCAAGUAUGGGAUUGUGGAGGCUGAGAGAUGUGCGGUGAACAUGACUGGUAUCAGACAGACCGGGGGUACCGUCCACCUGGUGUGGAGCAGCCCGGGGAGCGCCUGCAACUUCAGCGUGGCUUACAUACGGAACCAGUCCUGGGUGGAGAGCUGCAACCCCGCUCUGUCCAGCGGAGCUGCCUUCGAGUGUGAGGUGAACGAGCUGGAGGCGGGCAGACUACACCGGCUCUUGAUUGUGUCGCUUACUGACGGGCUAUCGGCAAAUAUAACAGUGCAGACAGAUCCCAAACCACCCCAGAGCUUUGAAGUGAUCAAAAGUAGGACAACCUCCACCAGUCUCCAUGUGUUUUGGACUCCAGCACCUGGGAAUGUUGAUUUUUACGAAGUCAGUUUAUUUGGGUUGGACAAUAGGGAAACUCAGAACGUCCACAUCCCUGGGAGCUCCCACAAUAAAGAAGCCUCUUUUCUAAAACUGACACCAGGCAGCAGGUAUCGCUUCACUAUAAAGGCACAUGCUGGAAACAAGAGCUGUGAUGGACCCCAUACUUUUGGAUCCACAAUUCCCUCUGGGGUGAAGGAUAUCCAGAUUUCAAGGGAACCAGACAGUCUCACCACAAGCUGGAUUUCUGGCCCUGGGAAAGUGGACAGCUUCAGACUUUGUCUGAGUGAUGAGGGAAAUGUUGUCCAGCAGAACACUUUUGCCAACUCGACCAACCACCACACUUUCAGGGGAUUAACAGCUGGCAGACUCUAUAAUCUCACCGUGAUCAGUAUAGCGGGAGACCUAGAAACCAUCAGUUCAAAAUCUGUGCAGACAGCUCCAGCAAAGGUUCCAUUUGUGUUUGUAUCAAAUAACAGCAGCUGUAAUAGCCUCCUAGUUUCUUGGAAGAGAGCUGUGGGAGAUGUGGAUUCAUAUAAUGUCACGCUGUCUUAUUGGCGAACUGUGAAAGAAACCAAGAGUUUGCAAUCAAGUACAUCUCAGGUCGUCUUUCGUGGGUUAACUCCAGGGCGUUUGUAUAACAUCACUAUCAAAACCAUCAGGGGAAAGCUGCAAGCAGUAGCUGCAAGUAGUGGCAGAACUGUUCCCCAAAGUGUCUCAAACUUGGCAAUGGCAAGCAAUGGUUCAACUAGCUCUCUGAGAAUGAGCUGGCUGCCCCCUACUGGAGACUGGGAGAGUUACCUGAUUCAACUGUUUAACCACUCCUCUGUCGUGCUGAAUGUGUCCGCUGAGAAGCAUAUCAGGGAAUAUGUAAUAAACAAUUUAGGACUCAUCCCUGGACGGCUAUAUAAGGCUGCAGUCAUUGUAAGGAGUGGAAAUUUAAAAAACGAGGCAUACUGCAGUGGGAGAACAGCGCCUCGGGCAGUCCUUCAUCUACGUAUAAAACACACUGAUGAAUCCACGCUCAGUGUCUCAUGGACAACCCCAGUGACUGAACUGGACCGGUACCUUAUAUCAUUAAAGGACACAAAAAAUACAGAGAUGAAUAAAAGUCUGUCAAAGGAUGCCAAAGAUUGUACUUUCUCUGGCUUGGUACCUGGACGGAAGUUCACAGUUAAUGUAACCACCAUCAGCGGUGACUUAAGCAAAUCUGCUUCAAUAGAAGGAAGGACAGUGCCGGCUCAGGUAUCAAACCAUCAUGUGACAAACAAAGGGACAACCAACAGCCUACACACCAGCUGGACUAGAGCUGGUGGGGACAUUGACAAUUACCAAAUCCACCUCAUUCAUGAAAACAUUGUAAUAAAGAAUGAAAGUGUUUCAAGUGAAACCGAUCAAUAUCUGUUUCAUUCCCUGAAACCUGGAGGGUCAUACUCUGUGGUCAUCACCACUGUUAGCGGAGGAAUCUCCUCAAGACAAUCAAUAGCUGAAGAAAGAACAGUUCCUUCAAGUGUUCCCAGUGUGAUGGUGAAUAAUCAUGGUCGAAAUGAUUACCUUCUCGUUUCCUGGCUUCCUGCAUCUGGGGACGUGGAUAGUUAUCUAGUGACUCUGUCCCACAAUGGGAAAGUUGUCCAAUCCCACACAGUCUCCAAAACCAGCUUUGAGUUUCCUUUCGGUUCCCUUACCCCUGGAAGGCUGUACAAUGUGACUGUAACUACCAGAAGUGGGAGAUAUGAAAACUACACUGUCACACAACAGCGGACACAACCUGCAGUUGUACAAAGAAUCACAGUUAUCAACUCUGGAAAGAGUGACUAUCUGAAAGUGUCUUGGUUGGAUGCAUCAGGGGAUUUUGACUAUUAUAUAGUAACUAUCAAAAACAGUCACAACUUCAGCCAAAGCUUAGAGGUUCCAAAGUCUGAAAAUGAAUGCAUAUUCCUCAGUUUAAUUCCAGGACGGCUUUACAGCAUUACUGUUAGCACCAAGAGUGGGAAAUAUGAAUCUCAUCAUGUUGCCACUGGAAGAACAUUUCCGGCUGCUGUUGGUUCUCUAACUGUGGCUGAUAGGAGCACAGAUACCCUGAAUGUUACCUGGGAAGCAGCUGCUGGUGACGUGGAUCGCUAUGAGAUUCAACUGCUCUUCAAUGACAUGAAUGUUUUCCUUCCAAUAACACUCAGCAGCACAUCACAUCAAUUUACUUCCUUAACCCCUGGACGUCUUUACAAGAUCCUAGUCUCCACGUGGAUUGGGACCCUACAGCGUGCUGCCUUCAUCGAAGGACGUACAGUACCCAGUGCAGUUAAAAAUAUCCAUGUUUCAAAUAAUGGAGUGACCAAGGGCUUGAAGGUGAACUGGUCUCCUGGAGGAGGGGAUGUGGACAGCUAUACUGUGAUCUUAUCCCACAAAGACCAUCAGGUCUCUGCCCGCCCUAUUCCAAAACACCAGCAUGAGCACACCUUUUAUGAUCUAGAGACGGGAGAGCUCUACCAAGUGUUAGUUCGGUCAAAAAGUGGCAACUUCCAUAACAAUGCAACAGCAUUUGGAUGCACUGUUCCUGCCUCAGUGUCAGAACUAUCUGUUGAAAACAAGCAUACUACCUCCACACUGGCAGUUUCUUGGCAGCCAGCCACUGGCAUCUCAGAGGGUUAUACACUGCAACUCUUUAAUGAACAAGGAACUCAAAUGCUCGCAAAUGUCUCUGUGCCAGCUGCCAGCAGGGGCCAUAAGUUCAUUGAUCUGACUCCUGGCAAGAAAUACAAGAUUCGUAUCUUCACUGUAAGUGGAGGUUUGUACAGCAUUGGAACCGACCGUGAGGGAAGAACAGUUCCAGCUGCCGUCACAGAUCUGAUGUUGCACGGGAACAGCGUUGAGACUCUAUCAUUCAACUGGACCAAGGCAGAAGGAGAAUGUGAUUCUUAUGAAAUAUACCUCUACAAUUCAGACAAGACACUUCAUGACAGGAAAUCUGGCAGUCAGAAUCUUGAAGAUUGUUCCUUCCAGAACCUGACACCAGGCAAAAUGUAUAAGCUUGUGAUAGUCACUCACAGUGGAGAUUUAACAAAUGAAUCCUCUGUUUUUGGAAGGACAGUUCCAGCUCAGGUUACCCAUCUGCAAUGGAUGAACAUUAACCAAACUGACAGCUUGCUGUUCACAUGGACCCCAGCUUUGGGGGAAUUUGAUUCCUACAACAUAUCACUUUAUAAUCCAAAUAGUACUGUUCAAAGCAAUAUACUUGGAAAGAAAGACAUGAAGGAAUGCAGCUUUCAGGACUUGAUCCCUGGUAGGAUUUAUCACAUGGUGAUAGUAACACAAAGUGGAGAUUUGAGCAAUAAAGCUUCUGCUGAGGGAAGGACAGCGCCCAGACCUCCAGGAUCAGUAUCUUUUGCUGAUGUUACAAACACUUCAUUGGUCAUCACUUGGCUGGGUCCUCCAGAUGGGACGGAUUAUGAUGACUUUGAGCUGCAGUGGAUUCCAAAAGACCCUCGGGUUGUUGUUUUCAACCCAUACAACACCAUGAAGUCGAAAGGACGAAUCAUACAGAAGCUCCAUCCUGGGCGUCACUAUACCUUCAUGGUGCGCACUGUCAGUGGGAAAUCAUUAACAUCCUUUAGUGAACCUGUUCAAGCUCCUAUCAGAACAAGGCCUGACAAAAUACAGCAUAUCAGGUGUCGGCCUCAGAGUUCCACUGCAGUCUCCUGCUCCUGGACGCAUCCUGACUCAGACUAUGAUGGCUAUGAUGUUAAAUGCUACCACUAUGACAAAAAAGAAUUGGUAUACUCACGAAGAGUUGAAAAAGAAUUAGUUCAAUACAUCAUCAAGGAACUAGAGCCAGACAAGAAAUAUUUAGUGGCUAUAAAAGUUAUCUCUGAUAAAAUGACCAGUGAUGCUGUUGAGGACAGUGUUAUUACCAUGAUUGAUAGUCCACCUCCUCCACCAUCACAUAUCCGAGUUGAUGACAAAGCAGUUGUCAUUACCAAAUCCACCAUAUAUUUCAAUUUUAAUUGUAGUUGGUUCAGUGAUGUCAAUGGAGCCAUAAAGUACUUCACUGUCAUAGUGUAUGAAUCAGAAGGUACUGAAACGACAAAGCCAGCCAAACAGCACCCCUUGCCAUCUUACCUGGAAUACAAACAGAACAGCUCAGUCCGAAACUAUCAGACAAAUUAUUUCUCAAGCAAAUGUGCAGAAAAUCCUGAUGGCACAUUGCAGAACCUUGAAAUAAAAGUUGGAGCUCAGAUGGACAGGUUGGGAGGGAAGUGUGAGAAGGAUCAGAAAACAUUCUGUGAUGGACCUUUAAAAUCUAGAACGUCAUACAGAAUCAGUGUGCGUGCCUUCACUCAGCUAUUUGAUGAAGAUAUGAGCAAUCCGUUGUAUUCAGAUACCUACUUCUCAUUGCCUAUCACUACUGAGGCAGAACCUCUUCUUGGUGUCAUAGAAGGAGCAAGUGCAGGUGUUUGCCUUAUUGUUGUCCUGAUUUCAGUCAUGGCCAUAAUUGUUUGCAGGAGGAAAGUGAAGCCAGCGAGUUCUGAAUCGAAACCAGCAUCAAAGGCAAAAGACAGGCCAUCAUCUGUUAAUGUUCCUCUUGUACAGGGGAGGCAACCUCCAAUUUCCAGAGAAAUUAAGACCAGCCAGUUCGAAACUCAAUUUACUAAACUUCAAGCAGAUUCCAGCUAUCUUCUGUCUGAGGAAUAUGAGGAUUUAAAAGAUGUUGGAAGAAACCAGUCUUUUGACACAGCACUUUUACCUGAAAAUAGAGGGAAAAAUCGAUACAACAAUAUUCUGCCUUAUGACUCAACGAGGGUGAAGUUAACUUACAUUGAUGAUGACCCUUGUUCAGACUACAUCAAUGCCAGCUACAUACCAGGUUGCAAUUUCCGAAGGGAGUACAUUGCCACGCAAGGCCCUCUACCAGGCACUAAAGAUGACUUCUGGAAAAUGGUCUGGGAACAAAAUGUUCAUAAUAUUGCGAUGGUCACACAAUGUGUAGAAAAGGGAAGGGUAAAAUGUGAUCAUUACUGGCCCUUUGACCUUGAUGCUUUAUAUUAUGGAGAUCUCAUUGUUCAGAUGCUGUCAGAAUCAGUCUUACCAGAAUGGACAAUCAGAGAAUUUAAAAUUUGCAACGAGGAUCAAUUGGAUUGUGCUCGAAUUGUUCGUCACUUUCACUACACUGUUUGGCCAGACCAUGGUGUACCAGAAACAACGCAGUCUUUAAUCCAGUUUGUACAAACUGUGAGAGAUUAUAUUAACAGAACUCCAAACUCUGGACCCACAGUUAUACAUUGCAGUGCUGGAGUUGGUCGGACAGGCACAUUUAUUGCUUUAGACAGAAUCCUUCAGCAGCUGGAGAACAGAGACUCAGUCGACAUUUAUGGGACAGUUUAUGACCUGAGGCUUCACAGGGUUCAUAUGGUGCAAACCGAGUGCCAAUAUGCAUACUUACAUUUGUGCACAAGAGAUGUUUUGAGGAGUAGAAAGCUACGAGGUGAACAAGAAAAUCCAUUGUUUCCAAUAUAUGAGAAUGUCAACCCAGAGUAUCACAGAGACUUUCUGUUUGGACGGCACUGAAGAAUGUAGUGAAAUUGUCUUCCGAUGUAAUGAACCUCAUCUGCAGCACUGCUGAAGAUGCACUAAGUAAAUACUCGGUCUGGCAUUUCAUGCUGUGCAUAAUUUAUUUGCCUGGUAUUCAUUUUGGGUAAUUUGUAAUUUAAUUGUAUUAGAGAUUAUUGUAUAUACGUAUAUAUUUCAAAUAAAUAUUUCUUAUAUUAUGUAUAUUUUUAAAACUGA